AUGGCAGCAACAGCAGUUUCAGCCAUGCAGAUUAUGAACGCGAGUCAUUCCAUCUAUUCUUCUCGAGGAUUGCUUGCGACAAAUGCCUCAGUUCUGGUGCUCACCUCAAGAGAAUCAGUGAGAAACAUGCUCUCCAGCGUGUCCAGCAUUUCGUCCACUCGUCAUUUCCCUGUUCGCUCCUCAUCUAGUUCCUCAAGGUUCAGUAAGAGCAUCACGAGAGCCAUGAGUGGAGAAACCGAUAAAGGGCCCUCUACAGGAUUGCCGAUUGAUCUGAGAGGUCUUCGUUUUGAUUCUAGUCGUUCUUGUUUAACCUUUUACCUUGUUAAAUUUCCCAAAGACUAAUGCCCAUUUGGGCGAAAUACGCCAAUUUAUUAUGUUCACUAUGUAAAGGCCUGCUCUGUUCCAAGAUUUGUCUCAUGUUCUUCUCAACCUAGGAAAAUUUUAAUUUAUAUGGGUUAACUUUAUGAACCUUUUUUGGGAAUAAACAGUUUCAAAGAUGAUGCAGGAUUUCCUAAUCUUUCCAAGUAAACCCAGCUUUCAUCACAGGAUCGUCUAUUUAAAUUUCCGUGCUCAGUUGUCUUUUAAACUGAUGUUCUAAUGUCUUCAACAGGGAAAAGGGCCUUUAUUGCCGGCGUAGCCGAUGACAAUGGCUAUGGUUGGGCAAUCGCAAAAGCACUCGCUGCUGCAGGUGCUGAAAUUCUCGUCGGUACUUGGGUACCGGUAUGUGAAUCCGUGCCACCUUUUGCUCUCUUCUCUGCAAAGCCAACCCCCCACCCCCAUUUUCAUAUGAUUUAUUUCUGAUAAAAUGCUUCAUCUUCUAAAGGCAUUAAAUAUCUUCGAGACAAACUUGAGGCGUGGGAAAUUUGACGAAUCACGUUUGUACGGGCUCAAGAUGAACCUCAUGUUCAACAUCACCGUUUUUUGUCAACCCUUCUAUCUGGCUGACGUACUCUUUUUGUUUCCUUCAAGGUUGCCGAAUGGUUCUCUCAUGGAGAUUGCCAAGGUAUAUCCACUUGAUGCUGUCUAUGAUACCCCAGAGGAUGUUCCUGAAGACGUAAGGAAUUUAUUUAAUUUUUCUGCGUGCUAUUUUUCUUCAGAAAUAGAAUGGCAGAUGGAAUUCAACUUCGACCUAAUGAACAGACUGUGAUUUUCAGGUUAAAACGAAUAAGAGAUAUUCUUCAGCAUCCAAGUGGACUGUUAUGGUACUGACUGUAAAAUUGUGUUCAAGAUUAUGUUUGCACUUUUUCCCCAAAUUCUUCAAUCAAUUUCUUUUAUCCUAAAAAAAAAAGAAAAAAGUGAAAAUUGUGGGUUAUCUGGAGCCUCUUAGAUCUUUCUUGGUUUAUUUUCUCUCCCCAUAAAAUUUCAGGAAACAGCCGAAUGUGUCAAAGAGGACUUUGGAAGUAUUGACAUCCUUGUGCAUUCUCUUGCCAAUGGACCUGAGGUAAUCUUUCUCCUCUUGCUCAAUAAUAUGAUGACACUAAGGGAGAGGUUCGUUGGAUUUCAUGUUAGCAUGAAAUUUUCUGUUCUUUAAUCAUUUUGUUAAUAUCCAAUUGGCAGGUUACCAAGCCUCUCUUGGAGACAUCGAGGAAUGGGUACCUUGCAGCAAUAUCUGCUUCAAGCUAUUCCUUUGUCUCUCUACUCCAGCGUUUCCUUCCGAUCAUGAAUCCAGGCAUGCCUCACCGCCAUGUUCUCUGCCCUGCAACUCAUCUUCUAUAAAAUUGAUAUCUAUAUAGAUACAUAAAUGAGUGUUGAUUCUAUAUGGGCCUCCAUUUUUUCCAAGAAUUCAACUCUUGCUCUUCCCAAUCGUAGAUUUUAUAGGUAUAAAUCAUUUUGCUCGAUUUUAAUUGGUGGGCACGGUUAAUUGAUUCAGGGUUUCUCCUUUUAAUUCAUGUUGUAUAAAUAUAUAUAUAUAUAUAGAUAUAUAUAUAUAUAUAUAUAUAUUAUGUAUCGUCCUUUCUAUUUGCCGAAUUAAUUUGUAAGAUUGAGGGCACUCUCCAGAUUCGAAUAGUAUAAAUCUGACUGUGACGAUCUUCUGAACACCAGGCGGCGCCUCCAUCUCCCUGACUUACAUCGCUUCUGAGAGGAUAAUUCCAGGGUGCGCAGCUUCUCCUCUUCUGCCCAGCUCUUGCCCAUCUCCGGAAGGGGAGUAAUCCUCUUCGUUUGUCUUCUUCUCUUGCGAUAUGCAGCUAUGGAGGAGGGAUGAGCUCAGCCAAGGCAGCCCUCGAGAGCGACACUCGAGUAAUCUCAUCUUCUUCUUCCUUCCUGUGUGCUCCCCUUCGUCUCAUUUUCGUCUUACUGGUGACGCAGGUGCUUGCUUUCGAAGCCGGGAGGAAAGGGAAGAUCAGAGUUAACACCAUAUCAGCUGGUACCUAUAUAUCACCUGUAAUUUUUUAGAGAGAGAGAGAGAGGAGUUCCAACAGCGCCAUGGAUUUUUCUCAGGUCCGCUGGGAAGCCGCGCCGCGAAGGCCAUCGGGUUCAUAGAGAAGAUGAUCGACUACUCCUACGCCAACGCGCCGCUGCAGAAGGAGCUCCGAGCAGGUAAUAGAUAGAUAUUCCAGAGCCUCUCUCUCUCUCUCUCUCUUCUCUCUCUCUCUCUCUCUAACCUUGUUCUGUUGGGGGGGCGGCAGAUGAAGUCGGAAAUGCGGCGGCUUUCCUGGUAUCUCCGUUGGCGUCGGCGAUCACAGGGUCGGUGGUGUACGUCGACAACGGGCUGAACACGAUGGGGCUCGCCAUCGACAGCCCCUCUCUCUCUCUAUGA